ACAGCUCGCUACAGUACUACUGCCGGUUUCAUCAUCGCGUGGAAUAGGGUGACAAUGUCUGAAGUUGCUGGAAAAAUGAAGAGAGCGCAGCCCUCCUGGGAGGCUCCCGCUGUUGAGAAGGAAUCGAAGCUCAAGUUGUACAACAGCCUGACUCGACAAAAGGAGGUUUUUGUCCCCCAAAAUGGCCGCCGUGUUUUGUGGUACAGCUGUGGUCCGACUGUGUACGAUGCCUCCCACAUGGGACAUGCAAGGUCGUACAUCUCCUUCGACAUCCUGCGGCGGGUGAUGACUCACUACUUCAACUAUGACGUCUUCUAUGCCAUGAACAUCACCGACAUCGAUGACAAGAUCAUUGUCCGUGCCCGCCAGAACUACCUUUACGACCAGUAUGUGGGUCAAGGUCACAGCCCUGAGAAGAUACUGGCCGAUAUCAAAGAAGCAAUGGGCCCAUUUCAAGCCAAAAUAUCGUCCGAAACUGACCCUGACAAAAAGGUCAUGUUGGAGAAAAUGAAGGUGAAGGUCUCAAAUGCUGUAGGCGUCAUGGAGACCUCAAUGAACAAUGGUGGGAGCUUGGAUGAUGCUAGAGAGAGUCUCCUGAAGAAUGCGAAGGACGUGAUGGCGCAAUGGCUUGACAAGGCCUCUGGUUCAACUGUGUCGGACAACUCCAUCUUCUCGGACCUUCCCAGACACUGGGAGGAGGAGUUUCACAAUGACAUGGAGGCCCUUAAUGUGUUGCCGGCUGAUGUUUUGACAAGAGUGAGCGAAUACAUCCCCGAAGUUAUAGAUUACAUACAGAAGAUCAUUGAAAAUAAUUAUGCGUAUGAAUCCAAUGGAUCAGUCUACUUUGAUACAAUGGCAUUUGACAAGUGCGCCAGUCACCAUUAUGCGAAGCUGGUUCCCGAAGCUUAUGGAGACAAGAAGGCUCUGUCUGAAGGAGAAGGUGAGCUGAGUGUGUCUGAGGAUCGUAUGGGGGAGAAGCGGAGUCAGAACGACUUUGCGUUGUGGAAGGCCUCCAAGCCAGGGGAGCCAUCAUGGGAGUCGGCCUGGGGCAAGGGGCGCCCUGGUUGGCAUAUUGAGUGCUCUGUAAUGGCUAGCUGUAUCCAUGGAGAGUCUAUGGACAUCCACACUGGAGGGAUUGAUCUCAAAUUUCCGCAUCAUGACAAUGAACUAGCCCAGGCAGAGGCUUACUAUAAGAACAACCACUGGGUGCGCUACUUCCUCCACUCCGGUCACCUGACCAUCGAGGGCUGCAAGAUGUCCAAGUCCUUGAAGAACUUCAUCACCAUCAAGGACGCACUCCAGCGCAACAGCGCCCGACAGAUCCGCCUGCUGUAUCUCCUACACUCAUGGAAGGACACACUGGACUACAGCCCAGAGACCAUGGACACCGCUGUGCAGUACGAGAAGCACGUCAAUGAGUUUUUUCUGACAGUAAAGGACAUUCUACGCAACUCUCCAAGUAAUGGUAUUGCUGCAUGGGACAAAUGGACUCAGGAGGAGAUAACUCUCAAUGAAAGAUAUCUACAGAAGAGGGAUGCUGUGAAUGAAGCACUUUGUGACAACAUCGACACACGCACAGCACUGGAGCAUGUACGAGAGCUGGUCUCCAUAGGAAACAGUUACAUCGCUAAAGCCAAGUCGGAGAAACGCAAGCCCAACAGACAACUCGUCUACAACAUCGCUGCCUACAUCACUCAUCUGUUCAAGGUGUUUGGAGCCAUUGAAGGAGAUGAAAGCAUUGGCUUUCCAACAGGAGGUGCCCGUGCCACUGAUGUAGAGGAGACUGUCAUGCCGUAUCUGUCAACACUUGCCACAUUCCGGGAACAGGUCCGUCAGACUGCUCGGGAAAAGAAAGCAACGGCCAUCUUGCAAAUGUGUGAUGACAUCCGCGACAACGUGCUGCCGAAUCUUGGGGUUCGACUUGAAGACCACGAGGGUCAGCCCCCUGUCAUUAAACUCGUCGACCGAGAUACGCUACUCAAGGAGAGGGAGGAGAAACUGCGGGUGGAGCAGCAGAAGAGGGAAGAGAAGGAGAGAAAGAAGAGGGAACAGGAAGCAGCCAAAGCUGCCAAGGAGGCGCUCAAGAGGAUUCCACCUGGUGAACUCUUCAGGAAGGAGACAGAUAAAUAUUCAGCCUUCGAUGAGCGGGGGAUGCCUACCCAUGAUGCUGCUGGGAAGGAACUGGCUAAAUCAGCUCUGAAGAAGCUCCAGAAGUUGUACGAUGCUCAGGAGAAGAAAUACAACGAACAUCUGAAAACCUUGGAGAAAGGUGACGAUAGCAGUCAGGGGGCCGCGGCAGCUCCUUGAUGCCGACCUGACCCACAGCACCAGGCUCUUACCACAUUGUGUCAUGUGUGCUUAGAAAUGUUGCAGGUGUAAUAUUGAAUGUCAGUAUGCAAGUGUAAGUCGGUCUGUAAUGCUCAUCAUCUGGCACAGUAAUAUGCUUCCAAACUUUUUUGUAUCCUGAACAUUGUAACAAGGAUGGAGUGUCUCUGUAUCUACAAAAAUAUUUAAGUUUUUAUUAGUUGAUUCUCAAGCACCCAAUGUCAUCUCGAGAGAGUAGACAACUCAUUAAUAAGUCUUGGCGUGUAGUAAUUUAUUCACAGUGACUGCAUAUUGGAUGUUUUUAUUUGUGUGUUUACUGGGCACAUGUGUAAACUUAAUGUGUGGUUCUAAGAUGCCCCGCAAGCGUCCACGUGCUUUAACUGUAAUAGUUCAGGGCAAAACUAUACUUUAUUACACUACAUAUAUACAUACUUCAUAACUGUGUACUAUAUCACAGGGGGGCACGGGUGGCCCAGUUGGGUAAGGUGCCAUGAUUUGCUGUGCAGAGUUGCGUUCCUUAGACAGGCCAGAAACCUAUGAUCGUGGGUUCGAAUCCCGGUUCGCCCCGAUUAUGUUUCUAGGUUUGUCAGCACCAUACCCAUGCUCGUGGGUUUCACUGAAGUGGUAAACGUCUGAGACCUGCAUCACUUCAGGCUUUCCUCCUACAUUAAGCUGACAUGCUGCGAUAUAACUUGAAUACUGUUAAAAGUGGCGAUAAACCCAACUCUCUCACUCACUAUAUCGCAGUCCUAGUGCAGUAGUACCCAGAGCCCAUUCACCUCUUUAGGUUCAGUGAGGAAGUUGCGUCACCUUUUGACUCUAAAUUCCAAAAGAAUUUCUCUGGUCCAAGAAUUUAUGUAUAUGUCCCUUCUGAACAAGGUCAAGAUUCAGAUGUUGAAGUGUUCUGCCCUAUUGCAGUGUGUAAAAUAGCUGCUAGCCCAUGGCUAGUCACAUUCCGGUCAGGCUAAAGACUCAAUAAAAUGUCUGUUGAUAAACAUUUUAAUGGUGAUUUUUAACCCCAUCAUCUGGUCUGUCUGUUCAUCUGUAAUUUGUUUUUGGAGCAUAACUUGAAAACCAUAAGAUUUUUCAUCCAAAUUUGAUACAUGUAUUAAGCAGGGGAUGAAGUGGUGCCUUUUGCUAUUGUGAGGGCCAGGGGGAUUUGUCAUCUUCUGACGACUCUUGUUAUUUUAUGCACACAUUCUAGUUAUACAAAGUAAGGAAGUUCACCUGUUUCUGUAGAUUAAAAUUAGAGUAGAAUUGAUAUCCAUAAAGAUUGGAGGUAGCGAAACCACUUUGUAAUACUUGACUCAUGAUAUGCAGUUUGAUUUUACUUUAUUGAUACAGAAUCGGUUUAUAUAGCAAGUGAAAUUUGAAAGUAGCUACCGGUACUAACUACUGUAUUCGACGUAAUAAGCACCCAGGGCACUCUCAAAAUUAGAAAUACGGGGCUAUUAUUAGAAUAUAUUUUUGGUGAAAAAAAAACAGAGUUGAAAGAUUAUAAAUUUCAAGGUUUAUGCACCUGAAAAGAUACAAAAGAAAAGUCUGUGCGUAUUAUACACGACAUAUAUUUUUCCCGAAUUUAAUUGCCCAUCAUUAAGGGUGCAUAUAACACAUGAGUGCGUAUUAUACAUAAAUAAAUAUGUCUUGUGUACAUUGAUCAAUUGGAAGGGGUGCUAAUUGGGAUUGUUCACUAGCAAUUGUAUUAGCAAAUAUCACCGAGGGCACUUAUUAGUGUGGGGCGCUUAUUACGACGAAUGUGGUAUUAAGGUUAGUUAGCCCACCUGGUCAGCAAUAUUUGAUACAACUUAACACACUGCCUCUAUGCCAAGAUUUCAUAUAAUUUCAUUGGACAAGUAUUUUUUUUAAAACUGUGUUAUGAUAGUGGAAGAAUUCUGGGUAUUACUUGCGAUAUUUUACUGAAUGGUGUUCUAUUGCACAGGAUAAUCACGGAUGAUAUCAAUCCUGCAAUUCUAUAGUUGUCUUUUGACUCAGGUAUUGCAACAUUCCUCAGGCUUUUUAACUUUGAGGUAGAAAUGUGAAUUUUGUUAUAGUGGCACAAAGAAAAGUUGAGUGUUUGUACUUACAGGGAUUUAUCCAGUCCUCCAGACGGAGUGCCCUGGCAGGACAGUUGGGAACAAUCAUUAUUUGGUUCAAAAUUGGGAUUUUAAAAACGAAUUAUUUUCUUCAAAGCAGGGUGUACCGAUAUUAACAUUGCAUUUUACAUGUUCAAUGCAAUAAUCUAAAAAAAACCAUUAAAAUCUCUUCCUCUAUAUUGGUCCUGUAAUCAGUGAAAUCCAAGUCACCUUACAAAGCCAUAACAUUAGUUGUUAUGCAUAUGUUUAAUUAAUAUUAUAACACCAUAUUGACAUGAAAUCAGAAAUUUUAAAUUCAAAUUUGGGAAUAUUCGCAGACAUUUGCUGCGGACUUGGGGCUGAAUACCAGCCUCUGACAGUCUAGUUAGAACCCUGACAUGUGUCAGUGAUAGAUAUUAACGGACACAGUCCACUCACCUGAUGACUGAAUACCAGCCUCUAACAGUCUAGUUAGAACCCUGACAUGUGUCAGUGAUAGAUAUUAACUGACACAGUCCACUCACCUGGUGACUGAAUACCAGCCUCUAACAGUCUAGUUAGAACCCUGACAUGUGUCAGUGAUAGAUAUUAACGGACACAGUCCACUCAACUGGUGACUGAAUACCAGCCUCUGACAGUCUAGUUAGAACCCUGACACGUGUCAGUGAUAGAUAUUAACGGACACAGUCCACUCACCUGGUGACAACAUGUCAGAAAAACAACAGUUUCAAAUUUUGCUAGUCCCCAAUUAACCUGUAACACUAGUCAAACUGGCCUAGGUUAGCCAACACUCUCUGUUCCUUGUUUCAGCUUGUGCAUUGUAUCAUUACCUUAGCCUUAUAUGUUGUGUGCUUGUUCGUAUUUUGAAACUGGACAUUUAGGAACAUGUAAUGAUAUACCGUAGCUAGAAGUGUUUAGAAAUCAGUGCAGCAACUGUAGCACAUGUCAGCAUGUAUAGAAUGAUCAGAGGACAACAAAAUCACAACUAGGAGGGUCCAAACCCUUUAAGAGGGGAUAGUUAUUAAACACCCAAAGAAAUUACUGUCAACAUUAUAAGGGUGACGCUAUUUUUUUCAAGGCAUUAUCAUAUGCAGAAGCCUGAGGUCUUCCAUAAACUGCCCGACGAAGGAAGGCAGUUGAAAAGUCCAAGGGCUUCUGCAAAUGAUAAUGCCCUGAAAAAUUGUGUUACUGUUAUUAUAGCUAAAAUGGAUGGAAUUUGUUAUCAAAUAAAAAGAAACAACAAUAUCGGUUUUGAAACAUUUACUGCAAUCAACACAAAUGUCACUGACCCACUUUUACAAAUAUGGAAAGCGUCACAGAACAAACAAGAUGAUGUCACUAUUGAUCGUGUCGUCACCUAUCCCUACCCUAUGACAUCACCUAACAACGGGAGUGAUAAUGGCCUGUCGUCAGGCAAUAUGAGGGCAUUAUGAAGUUACAGUGGCCCACUGAUUUCUGAUAAGAUGCGGGCGGUUUAAUGAUAAUUCUAUCCAUUUUAGCUAUAAUAGAGAACAAGUCAUCGUCGGCGGAAACAGAUUCCAUUGGGGUUAAAAGGCAAAAGAGUGGGGAAAUAAUAUGAAUGGGUGACUGAAAAUCAGUGAUGACACCAUGUGUUUGUGAAACCUGUUGAACUUUUCUCAAAAUUUGAGCAAUUAGAAAACGCAAACUAUGAAAGAAACAUAACUGAAUAUUUUUAUUUAGGAAACACACAAUUAUGGGCGGAAUAUGCAUGUUAUUAGAAGUUCACAGAUAAAUAAACAUAUUUGUGGAUGUCGUUCUUGCCGGACGGUAGAGGGGGUGUAUAACUCUGGCGUCAGGUUGAGUAUCCAUGCUGGUCACAGCAAGGCUUGGUAUUUUCUAGAAUCGUGACUGUAGGAUAUUUUAGCGUUUUUAUACAUUUUUGCAUAAUUCCUGCAAAAGAAUGAAACUGCUGACUAGUGAUGUUUUAUCAAUUAUAUUUACCAAUAUAUGAGUCUUGAUACAUUUUAGCUGGUUUGUAUACCUUUCACGGUAUCACAUUUUGUUUGUUUUUGUCAAUAUAAUAGGUUGUCCAACUAUUAACUAUCCAUUUGCUCAACUUGCAAUGUGUCAUGACCUCUCUCAUCUACAAAACUGAGCUCUUUGAGGGCUAUUGAAUUCUUCAGAAGUAAACUUUUCAUUGCCCCAUAUUGAGAUGAUUUUGUAUUAAUGAAACCACUGUUUGUCACGAGAGCAAAUGCCACAUUAGAACCACCUCGAAAUCACAAGUGAAUUUUCACAAUCUGUCAAUAUAUGUCCAUGCUAAAUAGUUACUAUUAGACCACAAUAAAUUAAUUUAUAAGAUUUUCAUCAAUAUAAAUAUAAAACAUGACUGGAGGCAUUUUAUUUUUUAUAUUUAUCUUUUACACAUACUUAUCAAGGCAUCUGUGAACAUUAACUGUCAGUGACUGAAUUCGCAUGAAUUAUGACUGUUUAGUAGGGCUAUGAAUACUCCUCAAAAGAAGUUAAGGAACACCUGAUUCUUUCAUACUACUAUAGUUAAUCUGUCAUGGCAUGAUAGAUUAACUACAGUUAUAAACUCAAAUAAACCACUGAUUUUAGUUUGUUAUAACCGUAGUUGGUUAUAAGCAUACAUACAACAUCUAUACAGCAAAUGGCUGGGACCAAAUAUUACGUUCGUAAUAUCCGUCAGUUCGUUAUAAGCAUUUUCGUUAUAAACAUAUCUUACUGUAUACUAAUAUAAAAUAAGCAAGUGUUCUUAAACUUCUUUUGAGUAGUAUAUAUGGUGUAUUUCAUCAUGGAAAAGGGGAGUGGUUAAAGCGUUUGCUCGUCACGCCGAAGACCUGGGUUCGAUUCCUGACAUGGGUACAAUGUGUGAAGCCCAUUUCUGGCGUCUCUCGCCGUGAUAAUGCUGGAAUAUUGCUAAAAGCGGCAUAAAACCUAACUCACUCACUCAUCAUGGAAAGAAGAAGUGAACAGACACAGCAAUGUUGAGCUGUGGGUACAGGGGGACAGUAACAUGUAAGACUGGAUGUUUGGUAUUUAUACCAGCGGGGUGAAAAUCUUAUAAUUAAUUUAUUCUGCUGCUUAUGAUCAUGUUGUAUGCUGUCUAUGUAGGAUUUCAGAGUUGUACAUUGAUGCUAUAUACCGGGCUCCAGAUAAGCCCAUAUUUGGGCAAAAUAUAAAUCAUCAUAACCCAAUUAAUUUUGAGUUUGGGGUGGUCUGGUAGCCUAGUGGUUAAAGCGUUUGCUCGUCACGCCGAAGACCCGGGUGCGAUUCCCGACAUGGGUACAAUGUGUGAAUUCCAUUUCUGGUGUCCCCCGCCGUGAUAUUGUUGGAAUAUUGCUAAAAGCGGCGUAAAACCAUACUCACUCACUCACUAAUUUUGAGUUGUUUGCAUAUAAAUAGAUAUUAAACACCCUACAGUAUGACACUGUAGUCACCCAAGAGCCUUUUCAUCUUGCAUACCUGAAUCUCUUUACUCAUCUACAUGUACUGAUGGAUGCAGGCAUCAUCUCGCCUAGACUCUGCUGGAGGGAAUACGACACACACAUGCAUCACCUCGCCUAGACUCUGCUGGAGGGAAUACGACACACUAGACUCUGCUGGAGGGAAUACGACACACACAUGCAUCACCUCACCUAGACUCUGCUGGAGGGAAUACGACACACUAGACUCUGCUGGAGGGAAUACGACACACACAUGCAUCACCUCACCUAGACUCUGCUGGAGGGAAUACGACACACACAUGCAUCACCUCACCUAGACUGCUGGAGGGAAUACGACACACACAUGCAUCACCUCACCUAGACUCUGCUGGAGGGAAUACGACACACACAUGCUUCAUCUCGCUUUUUGCGGGGCGGUCGGGUAGCCUAGAGGUUAAAGCGUUCACUCGUCAGUCACGCCGAGGACCCGGGUUCGAUUCCCGACAUGGGUGCAAUGUGUGAAGCCCAUUUCUGGUGUCCCCCGCCGUGAUAUUGCUGGAAUAUUGCUAAAAGCGGCGUAAAACCAAACUCACUCACUCACAUCUUGCUUUUUGCAACUGACACUUAUAAUGAGCUGAUGCAACAUGAGCUCAUGAACAGAAGAAAAUUACGAGUUACCUGAAACAACAUUUUAUGUACAAUUAUUUUUUAAAAUGUCUACUCAUUGUGUUAAAAAAAUGGGUCCAAGGAAGUAGAGUAUAUUCAGUACCCAAUGUGACUGGUAACAGAGUUGAUGCUCAGUGACUCAGAACACUGUCUGGAGCCCGGUAUACAGCCAUGAUGUGGGGGAGGUGACACUCCCCUCGUCUUCUACCACCAACUUUUUAUGUAACCAUUAUUAGCACCAAGUGGAAGUAACUGAAAAUAAACACAUCACAGAA